AAUGUUUUAAUCACACACACACACACACACACACAUAGCACAAUGUGGAUCUGUCCGUGGUGCUGAACUUUUUACUUUUCAUUCGUCGAGAAAAACGCAAUAAACCUGCUUUAAAUACAAACGCACUUAUUAAUUUGUUAAUAAAUGUUACUUUUAACAUUUGCUGCCAAACUGUGCAUUAAAAAAUAGGCUUUCAUUAAGGACGUAAACAUUUUUAUCAUUCCGUAACGAAAUCCAAUACUGUAUUUUCACAAGUAACCUUUUUUUGACAUAAAAUAUCAAAUUUUUCAUCUUCACGCGAUGUCGCUGCGCUGCUGAUCUUGGCUUCAAGGGGAGGAUGCGAGAACAGCUUGGCUUUCUGUUGGUCGGAGGCAGAGAGAGAGAGCGGCUCAGUCCGAUCCGCGGCACGGCGCUAUGGCGAUGCUCUGCUGGGCGCUCUCAAGAACCCAAACCCCCGCUAACCUCCACCCGUUUUGGAGCGCACUGCUGUAUUUCUUGUGAAAGGCAGCGAAGGCGUCGCCAUGAGCUCUGCGAUGGAUCCGCGGAGGAGAAGGCGGCUCGGUUUUGUCGUCCUCUCCGCGAUGUGGAGUCUCGCCUCGGCUGUAACGAGAUACUCCAUCCCUGAAGAAAUUCCGGUCGGCACGGUGAUCGCAAAUAUCGCCGCGGAUUUGGGCCUCGACGCGCACAGUCUGCUGGAGCGAAAGGUAAAACUGGAUUACAUCCAUAGCAAGAAAAACCUAGAGAUAAACGAAAAAACCGGAGAGCUGUUUAUCGCUGAGAAAAUCGACCGGGAGUAUUUAUGCCCGGCCAAAACAUCAUCGUUUUGCUUCCUCAAGAUGGACGUGAUAAUAGAGAGUCCGAUACGUAUAUUUAAUAUCGAAUUGGAAAUUAUGGACAUCAAUGACAACGCGCCUCAGUUCAGGAGGGAGAGAAUACCGCUCGAUAUUUCAGAAUCAGCGACACCCGGAGAGAGGUUUUCUUUAACGAACGCGGUGGACGCAGACGUCGGAGAGAACUCAAUCGAGACCUAUUAUCUGAGUGACAGUGACACUUUUACCAUUGAAAUCCAGUCUGGAAGCGACGGGACUAAAUACGUCGACUUGGUGCUGAAAGAGAGUUUAGACAGAGAAAAACAAGCCGUUCACACGCUAACCCUCACCGCCGUGGACGGCGGCGUACCUGCGCGCUCGGGAACGGCCAGCAUUGUCGUUCAAGUGCUGGACACCAACGACAACGCCCCUCAGUUUGAUCGACAGGUGUACUCGGUUGACCUCAUCGAAAAUGCACCAAUCGGGACGCUGAUUAUGCAGCUGAACGCCACCGAUUUGGACGAAGGCGUCAACGCGGAUGUCACGUACUCCUUCACUUUGUACACAUCCGAGAAAACGCAAGAAAAGUUCUCGUUGGAUCCCAGCAGUGGAGAAAUAAGAGUGAGAGACAUGAUCGACUUUGAAGAAGUGAAGAGCUUCGAGAUGUACGUCGAGGUCAAAGACAAAGCCGUGAAUCCACUUUCUGGUCAGUGUAAAAUUUUGGUGUUCAUCACGGAUCUGAACGACAACCAUCCUGAAAUUACGAUAAAAUCGUUUCAGAGUUCGAUUAAAGAAAACGACCCUGUAGGAACAGUGAUCGCCGUCAUCAGUGUGAGCGACAGGGACUCUGGGGAUAAUGGUAAGGUUGUUCUUUCCAUCCACAAUGCUGAGAUUUUACCAUUUGCUCUUAAUAAGUCGUCUGAAGAAUUCUUCGAGUUGACAGUCACAGAAUCGCUUGACCGGGAGCUCAAAAACAGUUAUGAUAUCACACUUUAUGUGACAGACAGAGGAACCCCUCCUUUGACGGAUAAUGAAACGAUCAGCCUUACAAUUCAAGACGUCAACGAUAACGCCCCAGCCUUUUCUCAGUCCUUCUAUACCAUUCAUUUAAUGGAAAACAAUGAACCUGGGGCGCUGCUCGCCUCCUUAACGGCCCACGACCCAGACCUGCAUGAAAAUCAGUAUAUCGUUUACUUCAUCAUAGAAAAGGAGAUCGCCAACACCUCAAUGUCCAUGCUGUUUUCCAUCAAUCCCGAGAACGGCAACCUCUACGCGUUACGCACAUUUGACUACGAAAGAGAGAAGGAGUUUCUAUUUCACAUCGAAGCUAGAGAUUCAGGGCUUCCUCCUCUUAGCAGCAACAUGACCGUGCAUAUCAUCAUCCUGGACCAAAACGACAACACACCACUUAUAGUUUCUCCGUGGCGUCCGCAAGGUGCUGUUAUAGAAGAAGUAAUCCCGAGGUCGAGCGAUAAAGGGUCCCUGGUCACCAAGGUCAUUGCGUUAGACGCAGACUCUAUGCAGAACUCACGAAUAACGUAUCAGUUCCUCCAGAUCACAGAUACCACGCUAUUCAGCCUCGACCAGUACAACGGCGAGAUACGAACCACUCGCAUGUUCAGUUACAGAGACCCCAGACAUCAGCGCCUGGUCAUCAUAGCCAGAGACAACGGAGAUCCUCCUCGCUCCGCCACGGUGACCAUCAAGAUCUCCACGGUGGAGCAAGUGGUCACCCAGUUCACCGAAACCACAGAGGUGCCUAUCGAAUACGACCUGUUCACUGAUCUCAACCUGUAUUUGCUGAUCGGUUUGGGGUCGGUGUUGUUUCUUCUGCUCAUAACCAUCCUGGUGAUCAUCGUGCUGAAAUGUCAAGAACCCAAACCCUCUCAAGCGGCUCAUCAGGGUAGGAACAGCAUCAUCAGCCAGAGGAACUCUUCCACCAUCGCCGACUCUACUCUCAUCUCUAGCGAUGCCUACUGGUACAGUCUGUUUCUGGCAGAGACUAGAAAAGGGAAGGUGGUGGUCCGGCAGCCCCUUCCUAACGGAGCAGGGUUCAUUGUGUCGAGCAUCCCAGGAAGUGCUGCUCUCACAGAGACCAGUGCUUCGAGGUCUUCCACUUUGCAGGAGUCAAGCAGUGAUUUACCGUGAUCUAGACACGCUGACUGACGGAUCCCAACCUUCCACACCAGACAGAUUGACCUUCUGUUCUACCGUUUUCAGGGUUCAGUUCGAUUCAAGACUGUGAAGGAUCAAAGUUUUCAAACACUUCCAGGCAGCAUUUUAAUAUCCUUUCAUAUUUUCUAUUAAUUUAUAAUAUUAACAAUUUAUGUUACUUAUUAUUUCCCGUGCUCUUGAUGCUCGUGUCAGACUAGGCAUAAAGAUUAUUCGGUUACUUCUAUUGAGUUGUUUUGAACAUCACUUCUUCUCCGGCUUCCUGUUCUUCGCGCAGCCUUUUUGGCUAAAAGAAGAACGAACUUUUAAGACCAACAUUGUGUCAGAGAGAGACAUUCAGUGCGGCUUUGUGGCGAUUUAAGGCUGGGUCUAACAACUGUAUAUCGGCCACUUGCAACCACAUUGAGCAUGACUUUGCAUGGCUAAGACAAACAAGAUGGACUUUUUCUAUCUAAACGACUUCUAAAUAGACUCUGCUACAGAGCAAAGACAGAAGUGAUACUUCGCGGCUACAAAAAGAACUGGACUUUCACCUGUCUGGUUCUACUAAGAUAUGAACUAUUAGAGAUGAAAAGAGGGUCGAGACUGUUAAAGGCUUCUGGUAUUAAUGAUGCUCUAUUUUUACACUGAUAAAACACGCUGAGGAUCAGAUGAGCACAAUCUAAUGAGCCAGGCAUUGUCUAUACCUCAAAACACUUGGUUUCGCCAGCUACGUGGCGCACAUGAUUCAUGUUGAUUUUUUUGUUUUGUCUACCAAAUACCACAAACGGCCUAAAAAGCAUCAAAAAGCACUGAAAAAUACAUUAUUUAAAGUCCUAUACAACUGCUACAAAAAAGUAAGAAUCACACAAAUGACACUUUAUAAAAAGGUUUUACUUGUUUACAUUAGUUAACAUUAAACAAUUAGUCUUAGUUUUAAUUGCGACGUACAGUAAUUCAACGUUAAAAUCAUAUGCGUCACCUGAAGGGACACGGUGGUGGAAUAAAAUUGAAGUAGGUGGGAAAAAAUUCGAGGUGCAAGGAAAAAAUAUACUUUUUUGCAUUCUCUCACAAAACUUUAGCAUUCUGAGGGAAUGCAAAAAAUAAUGCAAACAUUUUUUUCCUCCCAUCCUGAUUUUUUGUCCACCACCGCGUCCCUUUAGGGGCUCCGUACGAUCCAAAGUUUUAUCUGUUGUUACAUAUUAUACUGUAUUGCAAUAUUGCAUUAAUGUUACUGUAAUUUGUAACUCUGGACCACAGAACCAGCCGCAAGUUGCUGGAGUAUGUUUGUAGCAAUAGUCAAAAAAAGUAUGGGUCAAAAUGUGCCAAAAAUCAUUAAGAUAUUAAGUACAGGUCAUGUUCCAUGAAGACAUUUUGUAAAUUUCAAACCGUAAAUAUAUUACAAGUGAUUGAUUAGUAAUAUGCGCUGAUUCGUUUGGACAAAAGGUGUUUUUCUCAAUAUUUAGAUUUUUUUUGCCCCCUCGGAUUUUUAAAUAUCUCAGGCAAAUAUUGUCCUAUCCUAACGAACCAUACAUCAGUGGAAAGAUUAUUCAGCUUUUAGAUGAUGUAUAAAUCUCAAUAUUUGUAAAAGCAUGACUUGUUUUGAGGUCCAGGGUCCCAUACAGUAAUAUUAUAGACAUGAGCCAGCAAUGAACAUAUAAAUUAUAUUUUAUGAACUCAUGUUAAAAAUUAAUGCAUUCAAAAGAUCGCGUCUUUGCUAAUUGUUAGUUAAUGUUAGCUACGGUAUUAAUUAAUGUUAAAGAAUUUUACCUUAUUGUAAAGUGUUACCAUGACAUCAGUAUGACGUUUGCCAUAGGGAUGUGCCAAAACCAAGGAGACAAGAAAAAAACUUAUUGUACUAGGUGCAAAAACAACAAAAAGGUUCAAAACAUUUAUCAAUCUGCAGAUAUAUGUAGCCAGUGCUAAAAUAUUAACCUUGCCACAUUGACAACAAUGAUAUAAUAAACCUAUAGAUCCUUUUUUUGUACAAGAAUCAACAAUUGUACUCUCAAAUUGCUAUUCAGUGUCAUUUUGGCCUUGUUUACAUACGUUUUUUGAGGUUUAUAUUGUUUUGUAUUAUGAAAUUGAGAUAAAAAUGCUUGUUAAUGUGUUUAAUGCUGCUUCUUAUAUACGAUGACAGUGCAAUGUUUUAAGCGUUUAUGAUUUGUGGUGAUAUAUUCAGCGAUCCCAUUAUCAUUUUUUAGAUUGACUUAUGUGUCAUGACAGAAAUCAAAGCUAUGCUCCUUCCCUCGUGUUAAAACAAUGUGUCAGCUACUGAAGUGAGUGGGAAGGUGGAAAGCAAUGACGGUAGUGCAAGAGACAAGCGGUGAAGGAGGAACAAGGGGAAAGAGAGAGAGAGAGAGAGAGAGAGAGAAAAAACAGCGAUAUAGGUCACUUGAAACGUGUGAUUUGUAUUUAGAUGGACACGUCCAGUUACCGGGGACACAGAGCGACGCUAAAAGUUGCCGUUAGUAUCGACGACAGCCAUGUGAUUCGGUUUAACUUACUUUCUGAAAGGUGACAGCUUAAAUUGGAGUUUUAGAUUUAGAGAAAUUUAGAGAUUUAGAGACGCAAAUGAAAAAUGCUGUGCCUUUAGCAGUUUGCUUUAGGGCAAAGAAAAGUGUGCCUGACGUUUUUAAAUGACAAAAAAAAAGAAACAGUAUGUUAAUAAUACUAUAAGCAUAUACUUAACAUUUCCAUCUCAUUUUGUAUUUCUGUUGCCUUACUUUCGAAAUGUCCUUAUGCAAACAGUAAACAAUGCCUUUGUAUCCUUUUAUGAUUUGCCUGUUGCCUGUAAAUACUGCAAUGUGAAUAAAAGCUUUUACAGUUUA